UGGAGGAUCGAGUGUUUGAUGCACAGACAGAUCUAUGGUUUCAUGCUGAACCACCAGCUCGCCAUGUUCCGGUCUCCUCUCGUUAAGUCCCACAGCAGAACGAACCAGAACCGGAGGACUCCUCUGCGCCGCUUCCGCUUCCCUCCCGCGGCGCAUUUAUAUGCCUGAUUCUUCGGCUCGCUAAUUUUGGGGGCUAGCCAUGCUAACGCUAGUCGCUUAGCUUUGUUUACAUCGAGUGCGCGCCUGUGAUGUGUUAGCUGAUUGCUAACCAGACACAUUGGCUUGAUCUGAGCAGCGGCUCUCGGCCCGGUCUGUCCCCGAGGAGCAAGCGGCCGUGCUGGGGGAUCGAACACCGGCCCUAUGGCCACACAUCCACCCGCUCUGUGCCAUAACGCUGGAAUAUUGCCUGUGAGCUAACGCUAGCUACAGAAUGCUAACCCUUUUUGAAAUCAUGGCUCGGCUGAUCGUUUGACUCGCCGCCGGAUGUUGGGCACCGUGGGGGGGGAUAAUGUGACAACCCGGGGUCCGAAUUCACUUCAACUUUUAUUCGUGAUCUGGUGAAUAAGAGCCUUUGCGAGCCGGCGAUGCUAUCCGAGGCUAGCCGCUAGCCGGGGGCUACCAGUGUGCGCGGUUACCGCUUCACCAUGUCCGCGGUGUGUUGUUGUGUGUGUUGUUGAUUCGCAUGUGUAUACAAUGACACACUGGGGCGAGUGAUCGCUGCAGCGGCAGGUUCGGUUUGUGUGUCCUCCACCCGGCCCGGACCCACCGGAGCCAGUGGCUGGAUCAUCCCUUCUCUCCCCCACCCCCCUCCCGGGCCCUGGUUCCCCGGGGCUGCACCGCGAUGAACCCGGUCAAUGCAACCGCCCUGUACGUGUCCGCCAGCCGGGCCGUGCUGCAGUGUGACCCGCGGCGGCCUCACACCUUCGGGGAGAUGUACACACUGCUGCCCUUCUUCCGGCAGUCCCUGGCAUGCCUGGUCUGUGGUAAACUUCUCCAGGAUCCGGUUUCUCCAUCACAUGCAGAGUGUCAGCAUUACGUGUGCCUGGGCUGCAAAGGGCAGCAGAUGCAGAUCCGGCCGUCGUGCAGCCGCUGUAAGGACUACUCCUGCUUCCAGGAGAACAAGCAGCUCACCUUGCUGGUCCAGUGCUACAGGAAGCUCUGCCUUUAUGUGACUCAUUCACCGUUGCUGCAGUUGGUCAGCAGCCAUGUGGAAGGAUCUCCUGAGGUUAUGGCCUUGUUAGAGGAAGUGCUUAUGGCACACGAAGAGGAUAUAGAGACAGAGGACCCGAGCCUGGCGCAGGCGGACGUGAGUCCUUCUGCGCCUGAGUCACUCACCCCCACCGAGGCGCCACCUGCUCCUGCAGAGCUCUCGGCCGUGCCCCAGAGCUCCUUCUCUGACCCUCCCUGUUCCAAUGGACCGCAGGAAUGCAACGGAGAAGUGCUGGAGGAUCUGAAUCCCUCUUCUCCUGAGCUGGAAGUGUGUGAGCUGGUAGAGGAACAGCCACAGGGAGGCCUGCAUGUCUCCAGUACUGGUUGUGGUGGUCUGGAACUGAGUCUGACCACUGGACCUUUAGCUCCGACUCAAGGCACCGUGUGCUCUCUCAGGGAAGGGCAGUCGGGCAGCAGAGAGCUGGAGGAGGGGGAGGUGCUGCUGCUCAGCGUGGAGGAGGUCUUACAGACUCUGGAUCCCCUUCAGCCGGGCCGAGAUCCCACCCACACACUUCCAGACAGGACGCACACUCAUACACACAUAGCCACGGACAGAACGCACACUCAAAUGUACAUACAGCUCGAUGCUGCUCAUAACUACACACAGAUUCAGACAGACAGGACUAACGCUGUGGCGAGCCACGGUGCUCAUACACUCACGCCCUCCUACGACCCUCCUCCAGCCCCGAAGCCCUCGCCUGUCCGCCCCAACCGCAAGCGCUCUCGUUCAGAGAGCGACCGGGAGAAGGUGAACCCCCUCCCCAUCACCUCCAUCCUACAGGGCUCGUCCUCACAUCUACACACUCCAAACCCCUCUCACCCACCGCACACACCACCCCCCACGCCCUCCUUAACUGUACCAGCACACACGUACUCAUCCCUUCCCAACGGGGCGCCUCCCAAGCCCAGCCGCCCUGCCCCCAUCCACAGUAAAGGUGCCAGGAAGCACGUGGAUCCCGCCCACAAGAAGCCGCACGCCAAGGCCCGCAGCGGCGGAGGCUCCAAGACCAAGGACCGGAGCAAAGACCAGCGGCUGAUGUCCGGCUGCCUGGUCCCCCCCGCUCCCGCCAGGCCUCCGUACAAGAAGCCGGUGGAGAAGAAGGGCUGCAAGUGUGGCAGGGCCACGCAGAACCCGUCUGUGUUGACCUGCAGGGGGCAGCGCUGUCCCUGUUACUCAAACCGCAAGGCCUGCCUGGAUUGUAUCUGCAGAGGUUGCCAGAACUCCUACAUGGCCAACGGUGAGAAGAAGCUGGAGGCCUUCGCCGUGCCGGAGAAAGCACUGGAGCAGACGCGGCUCACGCUCGGCAUCAACCUCACCAGCAUCACGGCGGCCGCGGCGCUCCGCAACCCGCCGACCUCCAGCAUACGAGCGAACACCCUCCUCAACGUGGCCACGGCGACGGGAACCCCGGUGACCACGGCCUUCCUGUCCCCGAGCCCCCCGCAAGAGCCCAACUACGAGGACAGCCUGGAGCUGCUGAUCGGAUGAGAGGCUGGGACUCCAGAAACGGACAGCUCUGUGCUGAAUGAAUGUGACGGCUGAACUUUGUGUCUGACAGACAAACCCCGUACCUCCCAGCCUCCGCAGGGGGGGGCAAUCUAAGGCAGCUAUGGGUCUGUCCUGUCCUGUAACCUGCUCUUCUUCUGUGUUGGAAAAUGCUGAGUAGUAAGACUAGCAUGGGUGUGCCAAAGCCUCCUGUAUUGUGCCUGUUUGCCGGUGUGUGUUGUUGCCUGUCUGUAGUUUAACACUUAUACUCGGUUCCACGGCUGUUCUGUAACUUCAGAGGUGCUUUUUUUUUUUGUUUAUGUACCACAGACAUACUGUUAGAGGCAAUAGGAACCCAUACCAGGUUUUGUGUUUUCUGUGUGUGCGUGCAUGCAUGAGUGCGUGUGUUGGUGCGUACUGGCAUCAAAGCCUGCAUCAUCAUAUCUCAGUUACUUGUCACAGCAUUUUUUCCACGAGUAUUACUCUGUGUAUGUUUUCAAGAAAUGCAUCUUUGGCAUCAGGACGGCCCUUACUAAUCCUCAACCAUGUGCGUGUUCACACUUUAAGCGGUGAAUGAUUCUUGUGACUAAUCAAUGGAGAACUUCUCACAUACGACUGUAUGCCUUUUUCUAUCUCAUCAACCUACUCGAUCCAAGUACUGUCGGCUGUUUAAUGAAAUUGUCUUAAUGAACUUGACUGAUGCAGGCGUUGUACGGGCAGCGAGAUAAUGUCAAAGCACUUGGCUGGCUCCACGGUUUCUCUGUAUGUUUGUAUGAGUGUGUGUGUCUGUGUGAGUGUGUGUGUAUGCUCCUGCUGAGAUUUACUGUAACGUCAAUGGGGGUUGCGGAUGGUCGGCUCUGAGCACUUAGUCUAAUUGAUUGGCACGAUUACAACUAAAACCAUUCUUGGUUACCAUAGCAAUAGGGGCACCAAUAAGGAGUCUCCGGGCUCUCCUGUAAACAUGCAGUCGUUUACAGUAUCGCCAUUAGUCGACUGUAACUGUCUUCUAAAAAAAGAUUACACCGUCAUGUGUUGAUUGUGUGUAUGUGUGUGUUUAGAUAAACUGAAGCCAUAGGUUGUCAUUAACAACACAAAAUAUAUUCAGCGUAUCCAUCUCGCCCCACAGUUGUAUGUGUCGUGACUGAUAAGAGACCAACUCAGAGACUAUUUUUGAUACCAAGUGUUUGAGAUUUGGUACCACUGUCUGUGUAUGUAUGUAUGUAUGUAUGUGUGUGUGUGUAGAUAUGUGUGUGUGCGUUUUGGUUAAAGCACCUUGAAGCCCUCCUAUAACCCACGAGGCUGUGUGUCAUCUGUGUUUGUGUUUACAGUCUCAGCUGUAAGUACCACAUGUUGUUCAGUUCAGUUAUGGCGACCAAAAACAGACUGAAGGAGAGAGAGAGAGAGAGGACUCAGGCUGACCAAACUAACACCGUGGUUCUCCGUUCACAGAACAGGAAGUAGCAGGUGGAUUACAGUGUGAUCGGCUAAUAUGAUCUAUCCUCCUGCGGCGUGUGUGUAUGUUUCAAAAUGUAUUUCUUUUGGGCAUUACUUGAACCCUGAUUAGUUUUUGGUAUUGUUUCUUUUUUUUUCUUUUUUUUUAAAUGUAAAAACUCUUGUUUGAGGAGUGACUCUUAUUAUUGCUGAAACAUUCACUGCCAUAAUAUGGAAACAUGUAAUACAACAUGAUUAAAUGAUAGUUUUUUACUUUU